UCGCCUGUUCUUGUCGACAAACGUGAUGACAUCUGAAGUCACGUGACCGACCAAAACCUGGCUCCUUUAAGAAUAGAGAACAAGCACGCGUAGUUCAGAAUUGUGAACGCAACGGCUUUACCGGUUAAUAUUCCAGAUUAGUGAACAUGGCUGGAACAUCAGACGCCAUGGAGAUGAAACAAAAUGGCCACGGAUCGCCAGAAAUUGAAACAUUCCCCAUGACCAAAUUCCAAAUGUUGAAGAACCUGUUGGUGAUAAGUUUUGCUUUCUGCUUCUUGUUCACAGCCUUUCAGUCCCUGUCAAACUUGCAAAGCACAUUGAACAAAGAAGAAGGCGUCGGAACGGGAGGGUUAGCCAUAUUGUACGCCUCCCUCGUCGUCAGUUGUAUGUUUACGCCAUCUGUCGCCAUAGCGAAACUGGGCUGCAAGUGGACAAUCGCUCUUUCCAUGUGUUGCUAUGUUGUGUAUAUGGCCGCCAAUUUCUAUGCCGUGUGGGCCUUGAUGGUUCCUGCUUCGAUCAUCAUUGGGUUCGGUGCUGCCACCUUGUGGUCGGCUAAAUGUACCUAUUUGACACAGAUGGCGGUGUGGUAUUCCAAACUCACGGGCGCCACGCAGGACGAUAUCGUGAACCGAUUCUUUGGAUUUUUCUUCAUGUUCUUCCAAACAAGUCAAAUUUGGGGAAACUUGAUUUCUUCAGAAAUUUUCAGUCAGCGUCCCGAAAACGAGUCUUUGUAUUUAGAUUUAAGUGAAUCGGAGCUAAAAAGCUGUGGUGCUAACUUCGAUCCCACAAUCGAAGAAAACAAAACAACUCUGAAAAAGCCGGAACUAGAGAAGGUGUACACGGUGUGUGGAAUCUACACCGGAUGUGCCGUGGUCGCCGUCAUCAUCAUUGUUGUUCUCUUGGACAAGAUCAAACUGGACAAGGAUAAUCACGAUCAGUACGGGAAGUUCUCCUUCGACACCCUGAUCGCCACGUUCAGCCACUGGUGGAGGUCCCCGUACCAGAAACUUUUGAUGGUGCUGACUUUCUACAGCGGUGUGGAACAGGGCUUCGUCGGGGGCGAUUAUACAAAGUCCUACAUUGGGUGCGCCCUUGGAAUCUGGAACAUCGGUUACAUCAUGAUAUGCUAUGGCGUUGUGGACGCAGCCUGCUCUUUCCUCUUUGGUCGAUUGGUCCAAUUCGUCGGCCAUAUCCCGUUCUUUAUUCUUGCUUUCCUGUUACACGGAGGGGUACAAAUAACGUUGAUGCUGUGGGUCCCUGACCCAGACAGAGUCUACCUGUUCUAUAUCUUCGCCGCCUUGUGGGGGAUGGGGGAUGCCGUCAUUCAAACUCAAAUUAAUGCAUACUACGGAUAUUUAUUCACCGACCACUCGGAAGCCGCCUUCUCUAACUACCGCCUUUGGGAGUCCUUGGGCUUUAUCCUGGCCUUUGGUUACGGGAACUUUGUAAGGACUGACAUCAAAUUAUACCUGACGUUCACCGUCUUAGUGGUCGGAAUGUACCUGUACGGCGUCACGGAGUACCUGGAGAGACGAGCCAGGAAAUCGGCCGCCAACAUCAGCGAGAAGACGAAGUUAAAUGAUGGAUGUAGACAAAUGCAGAUUUUCAGAAUGAGCGUGUACGAAACAAACCCAGAAGGAUGCGGACCUAAUCCGGAAUUGUACAAAACGUGUGGACAGUUCAAAUGUAUUCCAGUAAAUGUCACUUGCCCUUGUGUCUCAGAAGAAUUUAGCUGCGCAGACGACACAUGUAUUUCUCGGACUCUCAUAUGCAACGGAGUGAGAGAUUGUACGAAUGGAAACGACGAAAUCAUUUGCGAAGAUGGUUUGACAGAGUCGCCAGCCAUUCCUCUGUCAAUAUUUAUAGCAGUCACAUCAGUCUGUGUUGUGUGUUGUAUCCUCGCAGUCAUCCUAACCUGUCUCUGUCUCAGACGACGUCAACAGAGGAACAACGGAUCUCUCGCCAGCAAUGUGCUCCUGCAACAAUCAAAUGAGAAAGAUAACACGGGUAACAGCUGUAAAAUCCAACCAGGUUCAACAGGAAAUAACCUUAAUAGUGACACGAAAAAUAGUCCCCAUCGUAACUAUGGGUACGAAAAAGUGCCACAGGACUUCGGAAUUUUUUUCGGCGAUGAAUUCCUAGGAACCUCUACCCCAAAGCAAGGAAUUAAACAUAUCAUAAACCCAAAGAGAUUUUCAGGAAACGUGGACUUUAAAGACCAAGUGAUUGUGAAUCAAAGUUUAAACAGUUGUACCAGUGAGCUGAAGUGUAGUUAUACCAAAGCAGAGGCGAAGAAACCCAGAGCUAUCGGGGACAGUGCUAGUAAUUUAAAUACAUCAUGGUUUCUGCCAAUUGACCACGUGGUUUCUGCCGACUGACCACGUGGUUUAUUGCGAACUGACCAUGUGUUCAGGCAACUUUAUGCCAUAUAUGCUUUCUUCAACAGCAUUCCAUAUCAGAAAUAUUUUUCUGAUAUGUAAAAAGUACCCGGUGAUUAUGGCAAACUUUCGCAUGCAUUUUGAUAUUAAUAACUAUUCUGUGAAGAAAAUACUCGAAAAAUACUCUUAUGCCACAUACUAAUUAAAGUAAAUUAUUCACAAAAGAGCUACAUGUGGGGUUUUUUGGGUAUUACUUGAAUUAUUUUAAUUAUUUCAAAUGCAUGUGUAAUCCAUUUGACCAAUUUCUUUCAUAAGCAUUCUCACACCAAUCCUUCUCCGUAGGGAACAAGGUACACAUAGUUAUUGCAGUCAUCACAAAUAAACCCAUACGUUGGACAAAAGAACACGUGUCCUUCAUGAA